UUGUUCUUUAGUCUCUGUUAAACUGCUGCAGUGCACACACUGAAAAGUAAUGCGACUGAAAAAAAACUAGCGUACCUUCCAUUACAAAGUUAAAAAGAGCGUUUGUAUGUUUUUUUAAAAAAGUUUUUUUAAUUGUAGUGCAGAGACUAAAUUUAAAGCCAUCAAUUUCAAAAUGGAUUUGAGUCUAAUGAAGCGUACGUUCACAUAUUCGGAGACGACAAACGAAAAUGAUAGUGAUGCUGAGAAUGUGCCACCACCGCAGCCAAGAACAAAAAUUUUUCGGCCAUUCGCGGACUGUCUGGUAGAAUCCCCCAAAAAGACUUCAAUCAACACCAACCAAUUUGAGAACUUUUCGGAUAAAUCAAUUCAGAUGAUGCAAAAAAUGGGUUUCACUGGCGAAACAGGGCUGGGAAAACAAGGCCAAGGUCGAAUAGAGCCGAUUGAAGCGUCAAUACAAAAAGGACGUCGUGGUUUUGGUUAUAAAUUGGAAGGUCUUGAUUUGGCCGCAACAAAAUGGACACCAGACAUGGAAAAGAUUGAAUUACAUGAAACAGUUACAUUUAUUUCUGAUAGUUCCGAUGAUUUGGAAACAAAAUCGUCUGGUGAACUGCAAGCAUGGAUGGUUGUAGGGCCGAAAAAACUUUCAAUCGAAAAAGAAACUAAGUUUUGCCUUCCGUUCGUGCUGAGAAAUGUGUUGGCGUCUAAAAGUUUAUUCGAUAAGUUGGGCACCGACGAUAUGAGAAAUGCUCGCUCGAGAUCCAAUCCGUUUGAGACGAUAAGCAAUGCCAUUUUCAUGAAUCGAGCAGGAGUUAAAAUGGCCAACUUGGAUGCAGUGUGCGAUUGGAUGUUUACAAAUCCAGUCGACGAAGCUGGACAGUCACUUGUAAAAGAGAAUGAACUAUUAUAUUUUGCUGAUGUUUGUGCUGGUCCAGGCGGUUUUUCGGAAUACGUACUAUGGCGCAAACAAUGGCAUGCAAAGGGAUUUGGUUUCACAUUGCGUAAUGAGAAUGACUUUAAGCUUGAUCAAUUUUGGGCCGGCCAUCCAGAAACAUUUGAUACAUUUUACGGUAUUAAAGAAGAUGGUAAUGUGUAUGAUCCAGAAAAUAUUCUUUCGUUCAGUCAACAUGUGCUCAACCGAACUCCGAUGGGUGUUCAUUUCAUGAUGAGCGAUGGUGGUUUUUCGGUCGAAGGCCAAGAGAAUGUACAAGAAAUCUUAUCAAAACAAUUGUAUUUAUGUCAAUGUCUAACAGCACUCACAAUCGUCCGCGUCGAUGGUCAUUUUGUGACGAAACUUUUCGAUUUAUUUACACCGUUCAGCGUGGGACUCAUUUAUCUCAUGUAUAAAUGUUUCAAAAAGAUCAGCAUCAUUAAACCAAACACAAGUCGGCCAGCGAAUUCCGAGCGAUAUUUAGUGUGCAAGUGGAAAAAAUUAAACACAGAUGCAAUCCAACAGUAUUUAUUCGAUGUUAACGUACAUUUGCAUGACAAUCGCAACACAGAUUCGGACAUCAACGAAUUAGUCCCGUUUGAGGUUAUGAAAAAAGACGAGACAUUCUACAAUUACAUUUGUGAAAGUAACAAUGUAAUCGGCGACAAUCAAGUAGUUGCUUUGCUCAAGAUCGCCCAUUUCAGUAAGAACACAAAUUUGCAUGAGCCAAAACAAGAAGCAUUAAAAAAUGAAUUGCUAGACAUUUGGCGUGUACCGAAUGAAAUACGAAGAGCACCCACAAAACCUUCAACAGAUCAAAUACUCAGAACUCUUAUGGAUACUUGGUAUGCGGACAGGCAAACGUUGUUUAAUGCAAUCGAACGGAAUCUUACACAUAACACAGAUUUCGAAAACCUAUUUUUCGAUAGAUCGGACUGGGCAUUCGUUCCUGUCAAUGUGGAUAGAAAUUCCGGCAAAUCGGUACGAACAUUUUUCAUGAGCAAAGGCAAUUCGGAUGUCUAUAAAUACUCGAUCAGACGCGGAUGGGAACCAUUGAUAGGCAUAUUUAUUGAAAUUCCACCAAACACAUUAUUCUAUGGGGAAACCGUUAAGGAGUUGGUCGGCGAAGGUUGCGCUCAAACAAUGAUAUAUGCAAUCCAUGUAAUUGAUGGCAUCGUUCUUGGUGGCAUGAACAUUCGAAAUUUCAAAUUGGAGAAACGCAAUGAACUUUGUCGCAAAUUUGUUGAAUCAGUAAAUAAAGCACAUAAAAAGAUGGGUGUGAGAAAUGGUACAAAUAUUUACGUAGCACCACUUCGAUGUAAAACACUCUAUCCUUUAUUAGAUAUGCGACCAUUUUUCGAGUCUUUAAAUAACUACCAAAGGAAAGAUUGGAAGGUGCGAGUUGGGAUUCGUGUUAAUGAUAUUUUGAAUCCAGAGCAAUUUUAUUUUCCGCAUGGACUUUUAUUAUUAAAAAUUUUAAAACCAAAUAUAUGCAAACGACACGAUCAACAACGUCAAGAAUUUCGUUACACAGAUACGUCAAGAACUCCGAACAAACACUUUUAUCUGAACGAAAUACCAGAUCCCGAAAUGGUGUAUAGCUCAUUUCGAACAACAUAUCAACAUCGAAAACUUUGGAAAUGGGAAGAUCCACGACAAGUCCUCAAAACAGUUGUUGACGAGGAAAAUACCGAUCCGGACCUUAUCUUUCGAGACUACUUUGAACAAUUCAUUUAUAGAAAAUACAGACUUAUUUACAGAAAGAAAGAAAAUUAAGUAUAUUUUGUAUAUUUUGAACAACGUUAACGGUAUUGUGUUGAAUUUUUGGUUUUUGUCUAUCGAUCUUCAGCGAUUUUUAUUCAUUAUCGAGUCAAAAAAUAGAAAUAGGAAUUUUAUUAAAAUGUAUUGUAAUGUAUUAUACAAUAGAAGUGAGAAUAUAUAUACAACACUGAACAAGAUACUUAUGUCACCUAUUAUGGAUAAAUAAAAUCAUUUUAUUUCAAA